CUGAAAGGGUACUCUGAGAACGCGAGCAGCGUCAAUGCCCUUCUGUCUUGGGCGGUAGCGGCGUCGACGAUUAGGGCGUGUCAGCUGAAUAAGACUUCGCCGUCUGGGCCGACCGUGUACCCAAUGAGCACGGAUGUGACGUUCAGCUCGGAAGCGCACACGCUGUCCGUGCCCGCAGCGCUGUUGAUGCCGCCUUUCUUUGGCUCCGAGGGCCUUCCGGGUAUCAACAACGGUGCCCUGGGCUCAGCCGCGUCCAGUGCACUGAUGGGACUCCUGGAGGUCUACUUGUCCGGUGGCCAAGAAUACUCAGGGACAGACGACAGUGGAGGCGGCUUCAGCAGCCGAUUAGAAUGCCUGAAAAAGUCCUACCAGGAAGAUAUGGGAGCCGACCUAGGCACUUUAAACAAGAUGGCCGCGCUGGGAGAUUUCGUGGGCCUAUUGCCGGCCUAUCGGGCCUUCGUCUCGACGGCGUCCGCACAGCGGCUGAAGGGCCUCGAAUGGAUGACCGAAGAGCAGCUGUUCUUCGUGGCGUUUUGCUACCAGCAGUGCGAGAACGUGCGCGACCAGCGGUCCUCCACAGCCACCUUCCGCUGUAAUGUUCCACUCAAGCAUACGCCGCAGUUUGCGGACGCCUUCAACUGCUCGACGGGAUCGCCGAUGGUGUCACCCAAACGGUGUACUUUCUGGGACGAAGAUUGGGCACAACCCGGACAGGCAAUAGUGAGGAAAUCGCUGCGGUCUCACUUGGACGCACAGACGCCGCCCCACUAUUGAGAACAACGAUUGAGACGCGACAACUUGCGGAGAGCGCGUCAACUGUAUAAUGUUAGCACAGAGGAGAAUGUCCGUUAUAGUGCUGGCCAUGCGCGAGUAAUUGUUAUUUGUUUUAAUCGAUGAAAACGUUGAAUUUUUAAUGUGAAGCUCCUGCAGCACGUUUAUUGCGGCGAGUCUCUUUUUUUUUUCCUGCGAACUAUCCAUUU